CAGAGGUGGCAGUGAGCCGAGAUUGCCUUGGUGGAGGUGGGCCGUGUGGGCCUGGCUCAGGAGAGAGCUCACGAAGAGUUGGAUGCUGAAGCCUUGAGAUUGGAUUCUAGGCCACAGGGGCACCUACCUGUAGUGGGCAGGCAGAAUGGUGGCCGGACAAGCCACAGGCCAGCAGCUCCCUGUACUGGUGGAUUUAUUGGGAGAGGAAAGGGACCCAUGAGUGAAGAGUGGAGCCCAUGGGAAGAACAAGGUGGCUGCAUAGCCAACACAUCCAGAGCGGCCGCCUGGGAGCCCCUGCCCCAUCUGCCCCAGCAGCCUUUCCAGAUGGCCUCACGAGUGCUGCCUCACCCUCUUCAGGUCGGCCGUCCCUUCUUCGGGAAGCCCUCCCGGACCCUCACAUCCCUGCUGGCCUCUGACCCCUUCCUGCCCCUCGGUUCCUGGCCCCUGGGGCCCCCGCUGUCCUUCCUGUUUCCCUCGCUGGUUUUGUUUUCUCCCUGGAACAGGAGCUUCACGAGGGCAGGGGCUGCUUUCCCUGCUUCAGGCUCCACACCCGGGACGCUGGCUGGCACAGGGCAGGUGCUUGAGGUGAGGGAGAACACAGACCCUGCCAGUGAGAGAGGAAAUGCCAGCUCUUCUCAGAAAGAAAAGGUCCUCCCUGAGGCGGGGGCUGGAGAGGAUGGCCCUGGGAGAAACAUGAACACUGCGCUCGAGGAGCUUCAGUUGCCUCCAAAUGCCACAGGACCCGUAAAACAGGUCUUGCCACAGAGGCCGCAAGCAACAGAGGCUGUUGGCUGGCUGGCCGGCCCUGCAGGCCUGAGAAGGCCCCGCAACAAGCAGCCGUCUGAUCACAGCUACGCCCUUUUGGACUUAGAUUCCCUGAAGAAAAAACUCUUCCUCACUCUGAAGGAAAAUGAAAAGCUUCGGAAGCGCUUGCAGGCCCAGAGGCUGGUGAUGCAAAGGAUGUCCACCCACCUCCGAGCCUGCAAAGGGCACUGGGGACUCCAGGCCAGACUUCGGCCAGAGCAGCAGAGCUGAGCCCCAUGGGCUCUGGACACACAGGUGGCAGAGGCACCAGGGCUGGCAGGGCUUUGCACCUCUGGCUGUGGACAUUUCUGUGUGCUAUGGAUACUGAGAAAGUUGGCCAUAAGGCCUGCUGGGUGGGGGACUGGGACAGUGGUUAAGCUCCCCGGCAAGAGCUUCUGGGGGACGUUUAGAGGCAUGGCACCAGGAGUGCACAUCCAUGGCAUGACAAGCUUAUCCUCCCACGGCAACAGAAGCCCAGGCUGAAGCUGGUUCUGGACACUGUCCUUUCCGAGCGAGUACAGUUGGAAGCCCCAGUGUGGGAGAUGCUCCUGAGGAAGCCACGUGGGGGAGCACUGGCCGGCUCUGUGGCAAGUGAGUGGGUCCCUGCCUCCAUCAGCCUGGACAGCUGCUCAGGGUUUUGAGUGACUCCUGUCCCAGGCUGGUGUGAGUGGGCAGUGUAAUAAAGUGUCUUUCUAUAUGA